AUGCGGGAGGGGAUGAGGUCGGCGUGGAUUGGCCUUCUUUCCUGCGGCGGCUUGCUCCGCCUGGUUCCACGCCGGCGGCCUCCUGCCCACCAGGCCUUCUACCCAAGACCCCGUCCGCACAUCAUGGCCGCCUACGGUGCUCGUCGCUGGGUCGCCGUCCCUGUAGCUGAACUCGCCUCGCAAGCGCCGAGGAUGCUGCUCGCCGGAGCUGCCCUCACCGCGGAUGCGAGGGGGCUGCAAGACCCCGCACUUGUCUUGCGCGCGUCACGCCGGCGGAGCUCGGAGCUCGGAGCUGGUGCUUCCCAGUUGAACCACGAAGAAAGGGUCGGGAGGACGAGGGUCACCGGCGCCGCAGGUGAAGACGGAGGCGGCCGGCAAACGAGCUCCAGAAAGCACCUCUCCCGUCACGCCGUUGCGAGCGAAGCAGUGGAGAGGAUAAGGAUAAGGACCGAAAGACUCUAA